ACCGCGGUUCCAGUCGGAGCGCACGUCCCCUGUCGACUGUGAUGCACCGCUUCAACCAGGAAGAGUCCGCAUCGUCUCUGAAACCGGGCCACGAGUUCCGGGUCUUGCAGGAAACGGCGGAUUGACGCCCCCAGUUGACCAAAUUGGCGCUUCCUGUAAUCUGGCAUGGUCUACGUAAUUGGGAUCGAGUAUGGCUGUCAUAGUUGUUCUCUGUGCACACACAGCACUGAAAACAACAACAACACAGACAACAACAGCAGCAGCAGCAGCUCUCUCUCUCUCUCUCACUCACUCUCUCUCUCUCACCCUCUCUCCCUGGUUUGUGGGAUGCACGGACUCUCUGGAUGGAUGAGCCCUCGCAUCGGAGUCACCACCAUUACAUCAUCUAUUCCCACACAGCCCAACACCGAAUGAGAGCUUUUUAAUAUUUAACCGGGAUCCCGGUCGUUGAGACGACGGAGCAGACGCCGUGCUCUUCGUAAAGGACGCGGAGGGGAUUAUUAAAACACAUCAACACUGUCUGCGGGGAUGAUGGCGUUUCAAUGAACAGGGAGGAGAGGAGGGGGAGAGGAGGAGAGACGUGCACCGUCAUCAGCAUCUGUCCGCCAGCUCCCUUUGUGUUCACCGGAGAAUGUGAAUGGCGAAAGAUGACAUGGCAGAGGUAGAUUUGGCAUCAAACGGAGCGGAACCCCCCGGCGAGGCCUCCUCGGCGUUUCCGUACGAGGAGUACGAAUGCAAAAUCUGCUACAAUUAUUUCGACCUUGACCGACGGGCUCCUAAGAUCCUAGAGUGCCUGCACACGUUUUGCGAGGAGUGCCUGAACACGCUUCACCUCCGGGAGGAGCGGCCAUGGCGCAUCAGCUGCCCCGUCUGUCGCCACCGGACUCCGGUGCCGGAUUAUCGGAUCCAAAACCUGCCCAACAAUACCAAGGUGACGGAGGAUUUUCCGCUCUACAUCGACUCAGACCCGCUGCCUCAGGACGCUUUGCCGCCGUACCCUCCGCCGCUGCACCCAGCUCUCGUCGCCCUGCGCCGGGAGGAGGCGUCGGGGACGUCCAGCGCAAGCCAGGCGACCCCGUCCACCACCGUGUCCACGGCCACGACCCUCUCCCAGGACUCGGUGCGCUACGACAGCUGUCAGAGCUGCAAGAGAGUGGCGCUGACCACCGGCUGCGUGUGCGUAAUCUUCUCCUUUCUGUCCAUGCUGGUGUUGCUGUUCAUGGGCCUGAUCUUUGUGCACAGUCACAGCAUUCCUCCCUCGCCGGCGGGACCCAUUUGUUUGUCAGUAGCCAGCAUCCUGGCCAUGUUCUCAGUGGUCGUCACAUGGCUCAUCUGCUGGCUCAAAUACAGACCGGAUCAUGAGACAGGCCGCUCAUCCGCCACCAGUAACUCCCGGAGAAACGCCUGACGUUAGACUCUCUGCUCGCUCUGACUAUUGAUGGAGAUGUUGUACUGUGGGUGUGUGAUUAUGUACAUAAUACUUGCAACUGACAGCCUACUCCUGCUCCCUUUACUUUUUCUAGGAAUCAAUCUCGCCCAAAAUGGCCUUUUAUCAGUACAGCAAACACCCAAAGGCCUUCAUGUUGUUUGGAGCAAUAGGCCAACAUGAUCCUUGAUAAUCUUUUCCUUAAUUUAUGCACUUGAAUUUCUAGUAGGCCCAGUUGACUGGGCGUCUUACCGAGUGAACUUGUCCAAGACUUAGACCUCUGGUGUUGGUCCGAGCUGUGGUGGGUUUGAUGAAGUGCUUUUCACCAGGAUUUGCUACCCUCCCCACCUUAUCCUGAUAAAUAAUAUGCAUCUCCCACUAUGCCACUCACUGUAUGAUACCUGUCCAUAAUGACUCACUCUUAUAACCCAGCAAAGCACUAUUGUAUUAUACAGAUAUUUGGCGGUGUUCACUUCUGAGGCGAUGGGUUUAGGUUUUAAUGGUGGGAAUGGAUGUUUUUAAGAGAAACCUCGAAAAUGUCAUUCCGUUACAAAGAAGCCGUAUCCAAAAUCCAAUCUGUAAAUAGUCCACAGAGAAGCGGUGAGUGGUACUGGAUAGGUGUGAUCAGCCUUUCUUGAAUACCUUCUUAUUCCUUGUGCUUUAACUUAUCCUAAAGGAUGGCACCAUUUCCUUUAUCACAUUGAAAACUGCUCCUUGUUCAGGUUUUUCAAAGGAAUUCCAAGAGAUAGCUUGUAGUUUUCACCCUGUGUUUGGCUACUUUUGUGCAUGUCAGGCUUCUGAAAGGUCACAGUUUUUGUUUUAACCUAGUGCUUUUUGCUUUAACUUUUUUUUUUUCUUUGUAACAGAAGGGACAUUGUGUCUCCUGACUCGUGUGCCUCACGUUGUUGCUGAAUGAAGCAAAACUUCACUGUAGUCAUGAUCAAAAUCAUACACGCACCUCCUGACACGGACAGUGUCCAGCUGGCGGGGUUUUUUUCUCUUAUAUUGUCACGUCAUUCGCACAGCGAAAGUUGAAAACAGGGUUUCCAACAUGGAGCUGCCUCCUACAUUGGCUCCUUGUUAUACCUAUGAAAAAUGUGGGAUCUGGCUUUGAAGAAAGGUUGGGUCAGAUAACAGCAACUAUUAGUAUGUGUUAAACAGGUACAAUCCACAGUCCAUCCUCAGCUGCUUCAAGCUGUUCAUCCUCCAAAGCCACAUGUGAGAAACUUAAGCGUCUGUGUCUCAGCCAGGCCAGACAUGCUGAACAACAAAAUGAUAUAUUUGGUGUUACUGGUUCCUCUGAGAUUGUCAGGAGUCAUAAUUACCUCUGGAAACUUCAAGAACCACAUGAGCUGUGUGGCUGAGAUUAGAAAUAGGCAUGAAGGAAAAAACAAACCACUGCAACAUGGACUGUACAAGUUAAGCGUUAUUUCAGUGCCUGCACUAUCACAAAUGCAAAUAUUUAAUUCUAAACUAAGAGUUGGUAUUGGUAUUGGUUUACAUGAGCCUUUUCCCCCCCUCAGAAACACAUUGCGGGUCUGUAUCAAAACAGAAACACUGAAUACACUUUUCAGUGAAAUCAGCUUCAGGUGGCACAGUGUAAUCAAAAAAGCUAAUUUCUUAUUCUGAAUAUCACUGUGAACCCUUGGUAAAUUGUGUGUAUGAUAUUGUUGCUACAAUCUAUACAGUUAUUUAUUUCUAAGUCUUGACUAUGGAAAAAGUGAUAUCUUAUUUGUGGUGCAGUGUAAGACCCUCUUAUUGGCAAUUGUAUGAUGGUCCGUGAAGCAUGUGUAUUGCACUUCCUGUGUUUUGUUCUGGCUCCCUGACCUUCCUGUUUAGUAAUUCAGAGAUGACUUGGACGCCAGAGUGGUUUAAUCUAAGCACUUAUUGCCCUCGCACACUCGUGGUGUCCCUACCUCACUGCACGGGGCAAAAGCAGUCCAUCAUGAUUUGUAACACCCCUCUAUCUGAUACCCACGCUUGCUUCAGUCGUCCUGCUCAACCUUUUUCCGACUGUCAGACGAUGCACUUUCACCCUCUUAUUUGACAAAAGUAACGGGGUCUACCUUUGGCAAAUGUCAGCAUAUUGUAUUUAUUAUUUCAGAGGACCUAGAAAAUGCCGUUGGUUUUUAUGAGAAUCUGUGGUUGUUGUUAAAGUACCAAAUGUAUUUGCACAGAGAAAUGUUCCUUAUGUGCUGUUUUACAUACAUAAACACAUUUCAGUAAUAAAGGAAACAUGAAUACCC